AUGACUGUUGGUUGGGUUAUACCGCACAAUGACCCAAUUUUAAAACUCUGGACUCUGACAGCGACCGUAACCCAUAGUCGCGGUCGUGCGGACACAGCGGUUACACUUCCGUUACCGUUUUUAACUUUUCUCAUAAAAUCGUUUGAAACUAUACUUCAAUUUUCUAUAGUAUUGUUGUCGUGUCUGCGAGAAGUGAUCGCCAAUCAAAUCCAUUACUCGGACACCCAAUUGGAGACAGAUUAUGAUCUAGAUGUCAGCGACUUUUUGGUGUGGUCAACGAUCGCCACAUCACUGGCCAAGUGGUCGGACACAAAGAAAGCGAAGUGGCGUAAACUGAAUCAGGAGAGGGCGGCCGCGAAGAACCGGACCACUCAUCGACGGCAUCGGCGGCGUCGCGACGAAGAGAUGGUUUGCUACAAGAGUUUCGGCUGUUUCCGAGACGAGGGACCCUUCGACUACUUGGACACUCUGCCGGCCUCUCCCGAGUCCAUUGCCACCACAUUCACGCUCUACACCCGCAAGAACUCAGUGGACGGCGAGAAACUGGACUACGAAAACAGCACUACUGUACUCAAGAGUAACUUUAACUCUUCAAAUCCGAUUAAGAUUAUUAUACACGGCUUUGGCUCCAGUGGUCGGCGCCCAUGGGUUUUGCAAAUGACCGAAGCGUUUCUUUUUAUGGAGGAUAUGAAUUUAAUCGUGGUCGAUUGGGAGAAUGGCGCACAGUUACCUAAUUAUGUGCAGGCUGCGGCCAACACUCAGCUGAUUGGCAAACAGAUAGCACUACUUAUACGUAUGAUUAACUUCAACAAAGGUCUGGCGCCCGAAGACUAUCAUCUCAUAGGGUUCUCGUUGGGCGCACACGUGGCCGGAUUUACCGGCAUGGAAAUUAGCAAUAUUAGCCGCAUCACU